AUGGAAGGGGGCACUUGUGCCCCCGACCCCGAGGAGACCGCACGGAUCCUCAACCUCCUGAGCGAGUUGGGAUUAGUCGGUGGGAUGUUAGCCGUAAGCCAUGGCUCAGAGCAAGUGCUGGCAAGGCAGUUGACGGACCGACUGGGUUUAGAACAUCGGCCCUGGCACACUGCCUUCAUCAUGGGUCAAGUCCGUGAGGCAGUACAAAUGGCAGACCUGGAUGAACGGUUGACAGGGACAUCAUCGACAAGGUCCAUGCAGAACUUGUUGGAUGCCAGGGUGGCGAUGGAGAAAGAAAAGAAGAGGACCCUCGAGCCUCCAGAUGUCCAAGUGAUUCUCCCGACGAUGCCUAAGAGGGGCACCUUGGGGAGAACAGUCCGGCUAAGGAGUGGCCGCGUGGCAGCCGAGGAGGAGGUGACGGACAAGAUCAUGGACAAGCUGGUAGAUGAAUUGGUGCGUUACAAAGCACCGGUGCUGGACGAGAUGAAGAAGACCAUGAACCCUACCAGAGCGAAGGAAGCGCUCAUCGGGAAGUACCGCAUGUCAACGGUGCGAAGAUACUUGGCUUCCUGGGAGCGGUUCAGAGAGUGGUCAGACGCAAUGGGAAAGCCCGGAAAGCGUCCAGACAGCGUGACCUUGGUAGACUACAUGUACGCCAGGGAGGAGGAAGGCAUGGGGCCGUCAAUUCCGUUGUCCGUGAGUUCGGCAGUGGCAUGGUUUGAGAAGACGGCCGGCGCAGCAGAAGAGGAUCAGCUGAUGAACCAGUAUUUCCCCCAGAUGGUGAUGAAGGAGCUGACACGCAAGCUGGAACAGAAGGCCCCCCCAGUCAGGCGAGCGCCUCGUUGGCUGGGGUGCUUCAUUGCGCCAAUGGAGACCUUGGUGGUGGACAGCGCUGUCCCCUUCGAGGUUCGGGUUUGUGCAUGGUUCAAGCUCAUAAAGAUGUGGGCUUCCAUGCGGUUUGACGAUGCAGCCCACUUGAAGACGUCCGAAAUCAGGUACUACGAUGGCCAGUUGAUUGGGAUGAUGCAUCAAUCGAAGACGACAGGCGCUGGGAAGCGGGUGCGUGAACUGCCGAUAUACAUCGCAAGGGAUGCAUAUGUGGUGCACGGUGACUGGUUGGCAGUUGGCUUCGAUCUUGUUAAGUUGCGGAUGCCAAGAGACCGUGUCUACGUCUUCCCGGAGGGUUGUUUCUACGGGUCGGCGUAUGGAUCGGCGCAUGUCUCCUAUGCAGAGGCGGUCGCUGGGAGCUCCAGAGUGCUUUCGCUGCUGGAGGGCUACAAAGGGCCUCUCAUCCCCUCGGGGUGGGAGCGAUUCUGGUCGGAGCAUAGCGAAAGAGCGACAUUGCCUAGCGGCCUGGCAGCUUUGGGUGUUGAGAAGUCUGACAGGGACCUUCUGGGGAGGUGGUGCCCUGAAGGUUCCGAUGUAUAUGUCAGGACAUACAAUUCGAUCGUCAAGAAGAUGCACAAGAAGAUAGUUGCAGUACUACGGAGUGAGACUGCAUACGAGGAGCUGGACGAGGGAGCCAUUAUGGAAGAGCUGAAGGUGUGGCUGCAUGAGAAGUGGACAGUGCCUGAAGAUCAGGCGAACGAUGUGGUGGAGGCCUGGAAGGAGAUCGGGGCAAAGGGCCUCAAGGGUAAGCCUGUGGUGGUGUCUGAUGAUGAUACCACAAUAUAUGGAGACUCGCAGAGCGAGAAGGAGGGUGGCGCCCAAGGUCCUGGGGCGGCGCACAGCAGGUGCAAGGGCAGAGCCAGUGGACGGAGAGGCGGGGUCGCACCUCAGAGCCGUGUAGUUCAGUCACAUCGCAUGUGUUUGAACGGGUGCAUAGCAUGCGCGUUUGACACCGCCGUGUCACGGGCGGCAUCGCAUGCUGCAUGGUUGCUCGGUUCAAAUAGCGGGGCGUGGCGUGGGGGCCGGGAGCUCGUCAUGCCGCGCGCGGCGCUCACGGAUGAUGAGGGGGCGAAAGCCCUGGAGGCGGCAGGGACAGAUAUCAAAUACCUGCUGUCUAGGCAUGAGGUGAGCUUGGACAACCAGAAGCUCUUUUUCCACCACGGGGUCACGACACUAGAGAAGCUGUCGAACUUCGCGAAAGAUAGGGACGACUUGGCGCUGGUCUUCAAGGAUCAUUGGGAGUUGGAUGCAAGCAGGAGCUUGGAGGAGAGAGUGCAGGUGGCAGCGAUCACCUGUGCCUUCACGAAUGCCAAGACGAGGAGUCAGCGGGCCGCCGAGGUCGACGCGGAGUAUGACACGCUGCAGUGGUCGAGGCCGGUGGUGGCGGGGGAAUGGGCGGCUAUGCGCUCAGCAUUAGAGAAGCGCUACGGGCACCUGGAGGACAAGAUUUAUCCAUCCAAGGAAUACAUUGAAAAGAAGUUGGUUGAAGUUGAACAUGGUGAAUACCGGGCUGAGGAGCUUACAGAAGUUGUGUCGAAAGAAGAAAUUGAGGCUGAUUCUGUGGAACCGACGAACGCUGAAGAACUUCGACGCCGGCUGUCGAUCUGGAAGAACGCAAUGGUUAUGAUCUCGCUGAAGCAUUCCAAUAGGCAUGAGCUUCAGGGCGCUUGGGAAGACACAGUUGAGCAAUACAAGGACUAUUUGUUGGAGGACUAUGUAUUUGGCCUGAGUGCCAAGGACGCUGAAGGUCAGACCUUUGCCUCUCCACCGUGGAAACUUGUCAUUGCUUAUGAACGAGCAAUCAGGAAGCAGGCCGUGAAGAUCACGAACACGGAGGGCAAACCACUUACAGUUUCACUCAAGAUGGCAUGGAAGGAUGCCACGAUCAAGGAGAGGAACUUCACCACGCCCCUGGCCUUGUAUGCAAAGAGACCGACACCACCAUGGCGAGAGCAGCCGCAAGCUAAGCUGGCGCAACGAAAGGGUGUUCAUGUGGUGAUCACAGAACUGGACAUCCAGUCCGAUCGCAAGUCGGAUUUCACAAUACCUUCAGUACAGAAGAAAUGGUUGCAGUUGAUUGCCAAAGGCUCAGAGGUGCAGAAGAAGAGGAAACCGGCAGAUGAUCCGGGGCCUGCGGAGAAACGUCGCAACGUGCCGCAGGAGAAGGUGGAGGAGUUCCUAGCGAAGAUUCGGUGCCUCCUGGCAGAUGAUUUGGGCAUUGCAAUGCAACAUUGUCCGGAGGAGGGCCAGCCAUUUUUCCUGGACCUUAUGAGAGGGGGGUUGGAGAAGGCAGGUGAUCUUGACUGGGCCUUCUUGGAGCAGGCUAAGGUGGGUUUGCCACUGGGCAUCUUGAAUCAGUUGCCUCGUACGCCAGAGGAGCAGCUUCGUUGGAACCUGGAGAGUGAGGAUUGGAGCAGUGCUGUCUGGCAGAAGGAGAACUAUGUGUCAGCGGCAGAGCAUGAGAAAUACCUCACAGAGCACCUGGAGCAGGAAGUUGCGGAGGGUCUGAUGACCAAGAUGGGCGAGGAGGCCUUUGUUGCUACAUAUGGUGAGGACCGGGCUGUAGCGGCACUAGCAGUCUUGGUUGAGGAUGAGGUGACGGGCAAGAAGCGGGUGAUACAUGACGGCACGCAUGGUGUCAUGGUGAAUCACAAGAUCCGCUGCAGAGACAAGGUCAGGAUGCCGGGGCCUCGAGAGAAGCGGGCCCUGCUCGAGGAGUAUGAGGCGGAGCAGAAGACAGUGCUGUCCCUUGCGGGAGACUUCGCUAAGGCGCACAGGCGCUUCAAGUAUGCAGUGGAGGAGCAGGGCUUCUUGGCACGCAAGGCGUCCUCAAGUUCGAACACUGUCUAUGUGAACAAAGUUGGGACUUUUGGGAUAGCUUCAACUCCGUACUGGUGGGCGCGGCUGAGUGCGGCUCUGAUGCGGCUAGUGUAUUGGGUCCUCGGGGAGGGUUUCCCGAAUGACAUGUUGUUGUAUGCAGACGACCUGGAGGUGUUGACAGUUGGACGUGAAGGGCGAGUCGGAGGUGUCCUUGCCUAUGCGCUGAUGGCAGCACUUGGAGCCCCGUUCAAAUGGGCGAAGCAAAGGGGUGGUUUGACAACGGAGUGGAUUGGCUUGACCACCGACUACCGCAUCUUUGCAAUGGGGUUGUCUGUCAAGAGGACCGAAUGGGUGCUGGUCGCUGAGGCUGCGGAAAGAAGUUUGGGGCGUCUUGGUUUUUCCGCUCUUGCACUUCCGUGGGAGAGGCCAUUGUUGGGCCCGUUGUACGCCUGGGCGUCAGCGAUACAGUCAAACCGGGGUGCAUUGACCAUCCCUUGGGCAAUACAGUUCAUUUUGAGUUGGAUUGCAAAGAGGCUCAAAGAAGGUGGCCGCAUGGAGGCAGUCAAGCGACCAGUGUUCCAGGGUGGCGGUGCGCUGAGGAUCUGGACAGAUGCCAAGGCGACGGAACAUGCUGCUUGGAUUGGAGGCUGGCUUGAGGAGUCAUCCGACAGCAAGGCUUGCAGAUGGUUUUCGUUCAAGGUCACGGAGAGCUUUGCACCCUGGCUGUUUUUCCGGGGAAAGAACCCAAAGAGGGUCAUAGCUGCGCUGGAGUUGCUUGCUACGCUUGUUGCCCUUAGGCUUUGGCUGAAGGGUGGAGGUGCGUCUGCUGAGAUAUACGUGGAGGCAUUUACAGACGACCGUGGCAACUCCUUCAUUCUUCGCAAGGGGUUGUCAACCAAGUUUCCGGUUACAUUGCUAGUGAUUGAGGUUGCAGAGACGCUUAGAAGGUAUGAUGCUUAUGCGACUCUGACCUGGGUUAGGAGGGACGGCAAUGAGCUGGCGGAUGCAUUGACAAACGAGGACUUCAGUGCUUUUGAGCCUCAGAGGAGAGAGCUAGUUGGAGAGAAUCAUUUUCAAUGGUUUGUCAUGGACGAGCUUUUGAGAGGAAGUGAGGAGCUCUUCAACGAGAUCAAGGAACACAAGGUCAGGAAGAAAGCUAAGCAUAGUGCCGGACCUGCAAAGAAGAAAGCAAAGAAAUUCUUCGGCAGGUGGAACUCCUGA